AUGGCCACCACUGCUAAUAAAACCACUGAUGUUAAAAAAGUCUCUGAUACUUUAAAUGCUGCAUUCUUACCUGGUCCAGUUGAUAAAUUUCAAUUUUCCAACUGUUCACAAGAACUAAUCAAUAAUUUCUAUUUCAAAAGAGUACAACAAUUCAUUGAAGCAGAUUCAGAAAUAAUAGAGAUUAAUGAUUUCAAUGCCGUUGCCAUUUGGGUUGCACCAGGUAAAACAUAUCCAUCUGCCCAGUGGGAUGAACCAAAUGAAUGUGUUGAUGAAUUUAAAAAAAAAGCUAAAGUAAUAAUAGAAGAUUAUCAAUAUGAUAAGAUCCCACAUUGGACAUUGGUGUUUAUUGGUAAAGACCCCUCCCAAAAUAAAGGUUCUAUAUCUCCUUUGAUCAAUCCAUAUUUAUCAAAAGCUAAAGAACAAGAUGUUCCAGUUUUGUUAUUUGCAGUUAAUGAUCAUGCUAAAGAUAUUUAUAUACAUUUUGGAUUUAAAGUAUUGGCUACUAUUAAGAUUGGUGAAGGUAAAGUUGAUUCAAAUGGUGAUAGGGAUUCUAAUGGUGUUGGUCUUGCUGUGUAUAUGAUGGCAUAUAAUCAUAAAGAUCGUGAGUGA